GUCUACUACCUGAUUGUAGUGUAUUUGUCCGGAUAAACGCCUUGCAUAGCGCUCUCGAGAUCUCGUACUCGCAGUCGUACAUGUCGAGAGGGCAAGCAGCCCAUCACUCUUGUUUUGACCAGGGAGCCCUUACAGUUACACAUGUGUGUAGGGCUCCCUGGUUUUGACAGCUUUCCAAUACUCGGUAGUAAUCAUAACUCCCCCGCUUGGCUUUCAGAAUGAAAAUCACCACAGACUGCCUACCCGACUGUUAUCAUUGCCGUUACUGAGCUUGGAGCCCGACUCGACUGCUGACUUUAUGCUUGUCCUAGCGGAGUAGCGGUGGCCACGUUUGUACAGUGUCCUUCCCCCUUCACAAUCAUGAGUGCCAUGGCCAGUGUUGUCGGGUUUGGAAUUCUGCCCUGACACGAGACAGUGGGAUUGGCUGUGAACAAGGAUCGCUCGUGGAUCACCGCUAAGAAUGCAGGCUGUGCCGCUACGUCGCGCUAGUAGAUCUACUAGCAGUGGGACAAGUCCUUCGAGUCAAAGGGCACAGCUACCGCAACACCUGCAGCAGCCUCGGACAGGAGGAGCCCUGCAAACUGAAGGUGGCACGUUGGUGGCUGAGAAAGCUAAACUGUGGGUACGAGCCGAGCCGUUCGACUUCGCAGUGGUUCAGAGUCCACCGCCACAACGGCUCACGUAUCAGGCUAUACGCAAACUGUGUGUAGCAGUGCGUACCAAGUCCCACGAAUCCCAGUCGGAUUGGCUAAGUUUCCCGCUGUGGAGAAGUUUCGUCAUUAACAAGUUGCAAGUUGCCGAAGAAUUGGCUUGGGCGUACUUUGAAUCAUUCCACACACUGACGGAAGCACACAGCGCUGGCCUUGCAAAGCUGACGGACCAGUUUGCGGAGUGCAAGAGUGAAGAUGAAAAGGAGGCACUUCGACGGCAGACCAAGGUGUUCCUGCCAAAGUUUGUCCUUUUCUUGGUACUCCAAACAUCAGCUCACAUGUCAUCGCUACGGUCAUUGUCAGCGCAGGAUGUGUGGCCUUGUAUCCAUACAAAGCUCUGAUUAUGUUUGCAGAUUUCCGGGCCAGAGCGGCAAUAAUGCACCCUGGAACUCCCUCUAUUCAUACUCCCCUGAUCUCAGUGGAUUGUUGCACCAACUGCAGACAGUCUCCGUCACACGCAGUAUACUGAGUUAGUGCCGUGUUGUCAGUAUUCUAUGUGUGGUUCCCAGGUGUAAAAAAUACUCUUGACCCCAGUCCGAGUGAAAAGAUCAAGCAAACCGGAUGUGGAAAAAAUUGACGCUGUCGCGCUACUGUACUGUAAAUCUCUUUUCCUUGACUGCACGCUAUUUGACGACCGUUGCGUUGUGCAGAGGAAGUCGUGGACCACCAGUACCAUCAGCUGUUCCUAAAGUUACGGAGGAAUAUCUGCACACCCAGUUCAUCAAGAAGGAGUUGCCACAGCUGCUUUCUCUGUUGUUAGCACCAGAGGCCAUGUCUGGCGGAGCAGCUACUCUUGUCGACUCCGUUGUUCCCGAGACAUCCGUGGAGGCUAUGAGCUUUCUGAUGGAGGGCACGUCAGAUGACAGACGAAUCCUGCCUGUUGCAGAUCUAGCACGUCUGCAGACACAAACAACCGAGAGUGGCUACUCCAAGAUAACUCGCACAUUCUCGCUGGCCAAGCUGCAAGCGUGGAUCUUCUCUCUGCUCAGCACAAAUCCGUUUGGCGUGGACAUGUGCAUCGCUAAGCGGCGUCACACUCCAUCCGUCGUCGCGCCAACCCUGCCUCCAGUGCAUGUCCAGCCUCUGUUGAUCGGCAAGACUGCAUCCAACCGGGUGUAUGCACCGGAGAGUCGUAGUUUGGUUCUAUUCAGUCAAGUCACCGGGCAGACAUUGGUUCGGGACGCUGGCGACAUUGGUGGCAGCGGUAUUCUCAUCAAGCGAUGUCAUAACUCCACCAUAUACUUACUGGCACCAAUACGGUUUGUCCGUGUGGAGCGGUGUAACAACACGGUCUUAGUUCUGGGUGCGGUACAGCAGUUUGUUAAGCUGUGCCACUGCCGAAACGUUCGAGUGUACACCGUUACACGGCAGCUACAUGUCAGUGACUGCUCAGACACCACCAUAUACGCGUGCACAUCCAACCGUCCACUGCUGCUCUACGGCAACAGCAACCUUACGCUGGCACCGUACGGGACAGCCUACGACAACUUGACUGCUGACAUGACCACGACGGGUCUGCGUGUCACUCCCAACGUCUGGGACCAGCCGCUGUGCACGGGCACGACGGCUGCGACUGCUGCAGUCAAACGCAGCAGUUCAUCAUCAAGUGGAAACGAGGCCACCCGGUCGCCGUCUCCAAGCCAGCCGAAGUGCUACAGACUGAUGGAUCCGGCCGAAUACUUUGACUUUUCAAUACCAUUUGAACAGGCCGGUGAACUGACAAGAGGAAAGCUAAGACCGGGGCUACAGUAUCCCAUUCCAUUGCCUAUGGCAUUCAAGCAGGCAAAGGCUGCAAGGCAGAGGUCCAUCUUGGAAGCCACGAAGAGUAUUCGCCGUGGUCUGGAAGGUGUAUCACAAGAAAGGAGUACCGCUUAUGUACAGGCAUCUAAAGAAAUCUUCACGGAGUGGUUGCGAGACAAUGGGUAUCAGCGAGAGAUCGAUGCCCUUGGAGCUCUCCAGAUGGUUACAUCACAGCCUUAAAACACUCUUCUGCUGGCUAGUCAUCAUGGUAAAGUGACGUCAUAAUGAUGUAAUGGUGGCAUCAUUAUGAUGUAAUGGUGACGUCAUUGUGGCGUGUACUGGCAAUUGGCCACCAGGCUUUCUGUUAUGGAGGAACCCACUCUAGGGGCGUCACAGUGAAGUCAUUGUGCCAUCAUAAUGGCAGCACUUCAAUGCUUUCUUGGCAAAUGAUCAGGGUGGGUCAUAGCACCAGCUGUGCAAGCGUUGGUCCGGUGAGUCAAUGGUAUUCCGACGCCUGGCUUGGCGCUGUAGCCGCUUACCAGUAAUGAUGUGAUGAUCUAUCAUCAUUACUCGGUGCUCAGUUGCCAGGCCUGUGGGAGUUCCACCGCGCCUGACAACGGGUCGUGUACUUUAGUUCACCGUGCUUGACUUCACAUGGUGUGUGGCAUGUUUGAGUAUUACUCGACUCCAUCAUGCAGCAGUGGGCGACAAGCACUGCCUGCUCCUGCUACGUUGAGAAGUAGACUAUGUUCCUUUGUGCUAUACUAACUUAGCGUGUGAAUGAGGCAUGGCCGUAACACACUCCAUGCCAAGACUGUCCCAAGAAAUCAUUUUCUACUUGUAGGUUUGUCAUGUCGCGUCCAGGCUGUGUCUUGUGCAGAGAAUAACAUUAUUUGAGUAUUGACACUUCACAACGUGCUAAUAAUUUGCAGAAAAAUUAAGUUAUCAUCAUG